GCUGUUAACUAUAUAAUAGUGUCUGUAUAUGGCUGGCUCAUUAAUAUUAAUAAAUGGUUUGGUGCGCAUGCGCUGGCAACGGCAACGGUCGAUUGAUUCCCACAAGGAAAAUCCCAAAAGUCGUCUGCGCGUUUGUAUUUAUUAUCGUCUCGUCCAUUUGGAGAAAUCAAACGAUCGACAAUCGUCCUAAAGGGGAAGCAAGAAAAGGAGGGGGGUCUUGAUGAUAGACGGUCGUGAUAUGGGAAAAUCGUUGGACACCCACACGCCUACCGUUUAGUGUGUAAUCAUCAAGAGAAGAGGGUUGGGGUGGAAUUGUUGGCCGAUGUGGGAGGAAGUGGUGGGGUGGCCGUCGUCUUCACCCUGAUUGGCUGGCCGAUGUUUAGCGUGCGGACGGAAAGGAGAAGGGAACCUCCUCCUGGGCGUCGGUCAUUGGCAGGCGUCGACUGGCUCCAAUCGCUCCUAGCUCCUCCCUUUUCCCCACUGAGGUGCCUUCCCUUCUUGUGCUGGUAGAGGAACGGCUCCGCCUCCUCCUCCCUGUGAUUGUCGACGGACCCGGAGUCAAAUCGUCGCUGGAGGGGCCAAGGACCGGCCCCUUUAUACUCUGUCGGUACGGACGGUCGAGCAUUCAGAAAGCCUUGAGCUGAGCUCCAAGAAACAACCAUCCAACAUUCGUUCUUCCACUUAUUUUCUCCCCCCACUACUCAACACAAAUCUCAGCGACAACUUGUUUCAUUCUCAACCAAAAGUGCAAAGUGAUUUCUUAGUCUCCCAUGGUGCUCCAAGUGUCGACCCAUUUUUAAAUUCAAAUUCUCCCGCGUUCGCCACUUUGUUCGGUUUGAUUAUUUGGUUGGUUCAUCCGAAGAAAAACCUAAAAGGAGGACAAGAGAGUGCGAUUGAUUAUAGUUGUCUAUAUUGAAUGAUGAUUGCCGACCAAGUUAACGCAUUGAAUCGCGCUCGGGAAGUGGCCGCAGUUGCCAAUCUCAUCCGUUUGGCAGCGGCAUCUCACCAGUCGGCCCAAGCCGCCGCAGCAGCAGCAGCCGCAGCCGCCGCCAGUAAAGCCGCCGAACAUCAGAACAACCAGCCGUCGCCCAAGAUCAAGCGUGAUCCGGCGGAAGACAGCCGCAGCAGCAGCAGCAGCCGUCACAGCACGGAAGAAGAGGAAGAAGAAGAGACGAUCAGAAUGUCGUCGUCAAUAACUGGACCGGUGGUCGUGUCGUCGGCCGCUUCCGUCAUGCCCGUCUUGCCCGUCGUCCCCCAACCGUCGAAGCGCAUCUCCUUCAGCGUCGACUCGCUCCUCUCCGACGUCCGCCGGACCUCGUCUUCGUCGGCCCAGCAGCCGCAACAUCCACAGACUCAGGCCGCCGAUUUAUCCCUCCGCUCUGUCGGCAACAACAACAACACGAGCACCGGCAGCCACGGCGGGUGUCACACAUCCAGCGACGAGGAGGACAACAAAUCCAUGAUGGACUCGACGGAAGAGGUGGACUGCGACGUCGAUUGCGACGAAGAUGACGAGGAUGUCGACAUUGAAGAAGAGGAGGGAAUGUCCGAAACUUCCGACUCGACACCCAACGGCAAAAUCUCCCGGCCGUCUCCCACGUUGGCCUCAGCGGCCGCCAGCAUGUUCCACCACCACCAUCCGCACCAUCCGGCCAAUCUCAUGAGUCACCACCAUUUCCAGCAGGCCAGCCUGCAGGCCAUGCAAAUGAGAGGCAUGGUGGCCGGAACUCACCCCAAUUCCGGCGCAUCCGUCGGUGGUCCGUCUCCGUUCCCCGGUUCAGCCGUUGGACCGGCCUCGCACGGAUGGCCUUUACCUUACGGCUUGGCUGCAGCCGCCUGGGCCCAACACGCAUCUCAAUUUGUCUCCAAAGAUGGAUCUGAUUUGAGCAAAUUGCCAGCCAGUCUUCACCAUCAAGGCCUAAAUCACCACCACCACCACCACCUGGACGGUCUGCCCAAACUGCCGCCGGGCGGUCAACUCCGCUGCCAACUGCGCAAGCACAAGCCCAACCGCAAGCCGAGAACGCCGUUCACCACCCAGCAGUUGAUGGCCCUCGAGAAGAAGUUUAGGGAGAAGCAAUACCUGUCCAUUGCCGAGCGGGCCGAAUUCUCGGCUUCGCUCUCGUUGACCGAAACCCAGGUGAAAAUCUGGUUCCAGAACCGACGCGCCAAAGCCAAGCGGCUCCAGGAGGCCGAGCUGGAGAAAUUGCGGAUGACGUCGCGCGGACCUCUCGGGCAUCUCAUGUCGCCGCACAGCGCCGCCGCGUUCGGCCUCUUUGGUCCCGGCGCCAUGUCCGGACUCUACGGACCACCACCGUCGGGAGGCGGAGGUCCCGGCGCCCCGCCCAACUCUUCCAACGGCGGCAGUAACAAUCCUAACUCUUCCGCCGGAAGCAACGGCAGGCCUAGCAAUGCCUCGGCGGCCGCAGCUGCUGGAAUGAUGAGCGCCUUCGCUUCCCUCUACCCGAUGACGAGCAGCUCGUCGGCCAUCAGUUCCAGCGGCCCGUCUAUGGGCAACAACAACACCGUCACCACCAGCGUCGCCGCUAUGAUUCACCGCUAAAUCCAUCAUCUCUUAUUGUGUUCUCAAAAAAUAUUCUACAAAUGUUUAUUACAUCAGCAUUCAAUAUCCUCCUUUCAUUACACCUGCCGUGUAAAAUUCGAUACAAUGCAGCGCAUUUCAAUUGCCAUCAACUCCCCACUAUAUAAGAGAUAUGUAAAUAGUGAUGUAAAUAAUAAUUCCUAUAAAAGAAAAAUCAUCUUUUUUUUUUUGAAAAAAUUCUCUCCUUUUGUUUUCCGGUUUGUUGUGCAUCUCCCAUUGUUUCUCUCGCCGCUGGUUACAUCAUUUCUCACUCAACUGUGUUUAUAUAUAAUUGUUUUUUGUAUUUUGUAUAAUCAUUCGUUUCUGUUUUUGUGGCAAAUGCAAAAUGGAAAAAUU